GAAAUCAAAGCGGUUACUAGUUUGUUUUUUCGGAAGAGCGAUUAACUGUUUGAGAGCGAAACCCGCGGGGGCUUCUGUUGUGUUGGUGCUACGUUUUGAUGACAGGUGACAACAAUGGCGAGAUCGUGUCCUUGCUCUUCUCCUGCUUUUUUUAGAUGGCCGAUCUUCUCAUCGUCUUAUAAACUACCUCACAUCUCUUCCCUUGUAUUUGUUCUUUUCGCUUUUAACUUGCUGAUAACUUCAACUUAGUCUCGUGUUUUCUCCUCUUUUACUUUACCAGGAGAGAUGGCGGAGAUGGUGAAAGUCCUGUACAUAGCGGUGGUGGAUGAUGAGGAAAAGGGAGAGAAAGGUAAACCGGUGUCGUUUCGGUAUACUCGUCCUGUUUUGCAGAGCACUCUUCAGCUCAUGGGCUGCAAAGCACGACAUGCGUUUAAGAUUAGUCAAAGGGUUUUUGAAUUGAUAAGAAGUGGAAAUCCUAGUUGUGCUCAACUCGAAGCAGAAGAAAUAUCAGGAUUAGAUCCUUUGGAAAGAAAAAAAGAAGUGGAAGAUGGUAGUUCCUUUGGUGGUAGUUUUUGGGAUGCAGGGUUUGUUUCAAAGACAAAAGACAGAUGUAGUAGUGUGCCAUUCAAAUUGUACAAAAGACGCACGACUGCUAUUGUUAGAAGAGAAACAUUCUUAGAUAUUGUUUGUGAUGCUCUGACUGAAUAUAAGUAUGUGGGUCAUAAUCAGAGGGCAGACUUGGUUUUAGCAUGCAGAAUCCGAGAAAGAAAGGAAUCUGUAACUGUGCUGUUGUGUGGCACUAGUGGCUGUGGCAAAUCUACUUUGUCUGCAUUGCUGGGUAGCAGGCUGGGAAUUACAACUGUUUUAUCGACUGAUUCUAUUCGACACAUGAUGAGGAGUUUUGUUGACGAGAAACAAAACCCUUUACUUUGGGCUUCAACAUACCAUGCGGGGGAGUUCUUGGACCCUGUGGCAGUUGCAGAAGCAAAGGCUAAAAAGAAGGCCAAGAAAUUGGCAGGUGGUUCACUAUCACUUCCAAAGGAUGAAGUGUCCAAUAGUUCUACAACUGGGAAAUCUGAUACUCGUCCAGAGGUUGUUUCUAGUAUGCCUGAAUUGAUCAGUCCAAAACAGAUGGCUAUCGAAGGGUUCAAGGCCCAAAGUGAGAUGGUGAUUGACAGUCUUGAUCGGCUGAUUACUGCAUGGGAAGAAAGAAAAGAAUCUGUAGUUGUUGAGGGUGUUCAUCUGAGUCUCAACUUUGUGAUGGGGCUUAUGAAGAAACACCCUUCAAUUAUACCAUUUAUGAUAUACAUUACAAAUGAAGACAAACACUUGGAACGGUUUGCUGUCCGUGCAAAGUACAUGACCCUGGAUCCAGCCAAAAACAAAUAUGUGAAGUACAUAAGGAACAUCAGAACUAUUCAGGAAUAUCUCUGCAAAAGGGCAGACAAGCAUUUAGUCCCCAAAAUAAACAACACAAAUGUUGAUAAGAGUGUGGCAUCCAUCCAUGCGACAGUCUUCAGCUGCCUUCGCAGGCGUGAGGCAGGAGAGCAGCUUUAUGAUCCCACCACGAACACAGUUUCUGUGAUUGCAGAGGAGUAUCGGAACCAGUGUGCUGCUCAUUCCCUGAGCUCCAAGGGGAUGUUUCAGCUGAUCCAGAGGAAAGGUUCUUCAAGACACCUGAUGGCUCUUCUUAAUACUGAUGGAUCUGUGGCAAAGGUUUGGCCUGUUCUUUCAGUUGAUAGUAAUGGUAAGCCUACAUUGGUCCCUGACACUGAGAGUGGAAUGGGAAGCCCGAUGUAUGGACCUUUGAAGAUAGGAAAAGCUGAACCAGUUAAUCUUCAGUUUGGUCACUUUGGGAUCAGCGCUUGGCUCAGUGAUGGUGGCACAAGUCAUGCUGGAAGUGUGGAUGAGUCAAGAGCUGAAUGGACUGAUGCUGGUAGUAGAAAUCACUCUUCCUGCUGUAGCUCACCGAGGACAUCUGAUGGACAUGCCAAGGAGCUCAAGGAGAGACAUUCAGUCCAUGGCAGUGAUGAAGAUGUCGAUGAUCAUUUUGAGGCCGACAGUGAUGAGGAUCUUAGUGAUAAUACUGAUGUGCAUGUGCUAGAAGAGGUAGGAUCAGUUGAUGAGGAGUCUACGAAAUCAGAUGAAGAGUAUGAUGAUCUGGCCAUGCAGGAUAUGCAGGAGAGUGGCUAUUUGAGUGACGACGAGGAGUUCAAGGAUAAAUAUCUCCGGAAUCUAGACCACUUCCUUAAAAGUAGAGGUGAGCAGUUGGCUGAGCCAUUGCGCUCCCACGCUUCCAUACUUACCGAUAAAAAUGAAAAGAGAUUAUCAACUUCUGGAAGUUUCAGAACGAGAAAACGCUCUCUUAGUAUUUCAGCCUUGGGCAAGCAAGGGUCGAUAAUCAGUGAUCCCAUUAUUUCUGGUACUCCUAGGAGGUAACAGUACAAUUUUGUCCCAGUUUUUAAUGCUUUUUCUUUUGCACCCCUACUAGGGCAUCCCACCCAUUUUGUUUUGUAGAUAAGGAGAAUUUAGGUCAGGUGCCAAGCUGGGUUUUUCUGUCAAGUCUUGUGUAUGACAAUACUUGAUUACUUAUUGGUUGACGUGCAAUGGUGUUCUUUUGUGUUUUUGCUA